AUGGCCGCAACAUCAGCUUACAGCGCCACCAACGAUAUCGAAGAUGCACCGGCCAAUGCGAUUGCCGUCAUCGGUAUGGGCUGCAAGUUUCCAGGGGCAGAGUCAGUGGAGGAAUACUGGAAGCUACUGGAUUCUGGCUUGUCCAUGGUCACCGAGGCGCCGACCGGACGCUUUCCCACCAGAGACCACAGACGCAGCACAGAAAAGUCUGUUUUCCUGGGCAACUUCCUCAGCGACAUCGAACAUUUCGACAACCGGUUCUUCAAAAAGUCAAGCCGAGAGGCAGCAUCAAUGGACCCACAGCAGAGACUUCUUCUUGAAGUCGCUUACCAAGCCUUGCAGUCGUCUGGCUACUUUGGCCCACGAGAGAAGGACACCGAGGUCGGCUGUUUUGUGGGGGUGUGCGCCUCGGACUACAACGACAACGUUGCCAGCCAUCCACCCAACGCCUUUUCUACCCUUGGUACUCUGCGGGCAUUCCUGACAGGAAAGAUCAGCCACUUCUUUGGCUUCUCUGGCCCGUCGGUCACGUUCGAUACCGCAUGCUCGUCGUCGGCUGUUGCCAUCGAUGCCGCCUGCAAAGCCAUCAUUCACGGCGACUGCACGAGUGCCAUUGCUGGUGGUGUCUCCAUUUUUACAAGCCCGCAUUUCUACCAAAACCUCGCCGCUGCGUCCUUCCUCAGCCAGACCGGUGCCACCAAGUCCUUCGAUGCCGGGGCGGACGGCUAUUGCCGCGGGGAAGGUGUUGGCCUAGUCGUCCUCAAGAGCCUGCCAAAAGCCUUGGCGGACGGAGACACCAUUCUUGGCACAAUUCUGUCCACUUCUGUCAAGCAAAGCAGCAAUGUCGUGCCUAUCACAGUGCCCUACAGCCCCUCACAGGCAGCGCUCUAUCAUAGGGUGCUCAAGAUGGCCGGAGUGAGCCCUGAUGAUGUUUCCUACCUCGAGGCACAUGGAACAGGCACGCCUAUCGGUGAUCCACAGGAAUUCCAGGGCAUCAAGGAAGUCUUUCAAAGCCAGACACGGACAGGGCCUCUGUACUUUGCUUCGGUCAAAGGCAAUAUCGGCCACACAGAGGGGGCAUCCGGAGUUGCCGGCCUGAUCAAGGUCCUCCUCAUGAUGCAGAAGAGAGCCAUUGUUCGACAGGCAAGCUAUUCCCAGCUGAAUCCCAAGAUACAGCUCGAUACCAGCCAAUUUCGGAUUCCGACAGAGACGGUUCCGUGGAAAUCCGACGUCCUGAUCGCUUGUGUAAACAAUUAUGGGGCGGCGGGUAGUAUUGCCGCCAUGGUCGUCAAGGAAGCAACCGGACCAAGGCCUGGCACCGGAAACAAGUCGUCGGCAGCCCUUUCCAAACACCCACUGCUGGUAUCCGCAAACAGCGCAAAGAGUCUGGGGGAAAACUGUGCCAAACUACGACAGUAUCUCUCCUCUUUCAACGCCUCGUCAAGUGCCAAUGUCCUUGCCGACAUGGCCUACAACCUCAGCGACCACCAGGACCGAUCACUCCCAAACAUGUUCAUAACAGCGGUAUCAAGCAUGUCAGAACUGGACGAUCAACUCCGCAUUGCAGCCUCCACCCCAGACUCUCAGCUGUGCCGUCUAAACCCUUCUCCAAAGCCGGUCGUGCUCAUCUUCGGCGGUCAGACAAGUCGCUUCAUCGGGUUAAGCAAGAGCGUCUACACCGGCUCAGCCUUGCUACGCAAAUACCUGGACCAGUGUGACAAGGUUCUCAAAGGGCUUGGUCACGGAGGAAUCUACCCGGCUAUUUUUGACUCGACGCCCAUUGAUGACGUGGUGCAGUUACAGACCAUGCAGUUCGCCUUGCAUUAUGCCUGCGCCCAAUCCUGGAUCGCAUGUGGCCUCAAAGUCGACUGCGUCGUGGGUCAUUCCUUUGGCCAGCUCGUCGCCUUGACUGUGGCUGGUGUAUUUUCGCUCCAGGACGGACUCAAACUUGUUCAUGGCCGGGCUGUCCUGAUGCGUGACAAGUGGGGUUCGGAGAGGGGCACCAUGAUCGCGCUCGACGCCGACCAUGGGAAUACCAUGGGACUGAUCUCAUCGGUGAGAAAGACAAUGCCCUAUUCUGGGCUCGAGGUGGCCUGCUACAAUGGACCUCGGAGCCAUGUCCUGGUGGGUUCUUCCACCGAGGUGGAGGCUGUGAUCGAAGUUAUCAAGAAGUCAACAGCGGUCAAGUACAAGGUCCUGAAUGUUACUCACGGAUUUCACUCCCGCUUUUGCGACCCUAUCAUCCCCGGUCUUGAGGCGUUGGCAGCGUCUUUGACAUACAACACACCCAAGAUCAGGAUCGAGACGACCUCAGAUCGAGAGACAUGGGCUGCCGCCACACCCAAAUUGAUCGCCGACCACACGAGGACGCCAGUGUACUUUGAAGAUGCCAUCAAGCGGAUAGAGGCCAGAUAUGGGUCUUGCACCUGGGUUGAGGCUGGCUCGAACUCAUCCGUUACGAGCAUUGCCCGUCGAUCACUGUCAGAUGCUGAGAGCCGAGACCAUCUCUUCUGCCCCGUCAAUCUCAGCCGGGAAGAUGCCCUGGGCGCCCUGGCUGAUACCGUCACGAACUUGUGGAAGAAUGGAAACCAAGUGCAAUUUUGGCCAUUUCAUCGCAUUCAUCAAGCAGAUUAUCUGCCGUUGAACCUACCGCCAUAUCAGUUCGAAAAGGUCCGACAUUGGCUGGACUUCAACUUUGUCGUAGAACAGCCCAAGCCAGUGCAGGCGCAAGAACAGAUCACCGAGACAGCGCCAGUGGUCGAGCCUGAGCCAGUCUUGAUCACCUUCUCGGGAUUUGACGUCACUCACGCCACGCAACGUCGCGCCGUCUUCACCAUCGAUCCACGCAGUCAGGAAUGGCGGACGCUCGUUAGUGGACAUGCCGUCCUCCAGCAACCGUUAUGUCCAGCUCCGUUGUAUGUCGAGCUUGUCUUGCAGGCUGCCAAGAUGACUGCUGAAGCAGAAGGGAUAUCGGCGCUUACGUUUGGGCAGCUGGAGGGCCUUGAGAUAACAUCUUCGUUGGGCACGAGUGAUGAUAGAAUUAUCAAGCUUGUCUUGGCCCCUUCGGACGGAGAAAGGUUCAGAUGGGACUUUUCGUUCCACUCACAGCCACGGGGCGUCAACACUUACGCAAAGCCAGCCACUCAUGCCGUGGGCAGUGUCAAAGUCAUCACCACCCAAGACGACAGCACAACGUCUGAACUAGAUCGAAUCUCAAGGCUCAUCAGGCACCGCGACUUUGAUGAGGUAACCACUCGGGUUGACGGCGAGGCUGUUCAGGGUUCACUGGUCUACAAGGUUUUCUCCAGAGUUGUGCAGUAUCAUGACUUUUACAAGGGUGUGCGUCAAGUUGCCGGCCACAAUGGAGCGGUGGUGGCUCAGGUCGUGCUGCCAGCGGAGCAACCUCCUGUCACACAAGGGCUUCUGUCGAACCCAGUCGCAGUCGACAACUUCCUUCAAGUCCCGGGGCUCUACGCCAACUGUCUUGGCCCAUGUCCAGCGGAUGAGGUAUUUGUUUGCACCCAGGUGGACCGACUCUAUCUCUCGCGAGACUUUGAGGGUACAGCCAACAAGACUUGGAAGGUUUGCGCCACAUCUACGGCAACAUCCGACAGGGAGAGCGUCAAUGAUGUGUUGGUGUUUGAGCAGGAGUCAGGCAAGCUUGUUUUUGUCGCCUUUGGGGCGCAUUUCAGCCGAGUUCGCAUCACGUCGCUGUCAAAAGCGCUUUCGCGGGCAAAUCAAGGACAGACCACGGCUUCUGUCGGUACCAAUGGCAUCACCAACGGCAUCACUCGGCCCGCUUCUCCACCUAGGAAUAGACAAGACCCUGUCAGUCCACAUGACACUCUCCAACAACAUCCAGUUGUUGCCACUCCUGCCCCGCCGAAGCGUCCUGCUGGCCCAGGCAUCGAGCAGGAGUUGCGGGAGCUGCUCACCAAGGUCACCGAUGUGCCAGCCGAUCAGUUCAAGGGAGAUGUUACACUUGCCGAUCUUGGUAUUGACUCGCUGGUAACCACAGAGAUAGUGUCCGAGGUGGACCAGGUCUUUGGUAUCUCUAUCCCUCAAGACCAACUGCAAGAUCUCCAAACCUUCGCCUCCCUGUCCGCAUAUCUCGCUGGCCGUCUGGGUCGGGAACUGCAAGACACCCCCACAGUCGUUCAAACCACGGCUUCCAGCGAGCAGCGCCAGACACAGCCAAGUGCUUCGUCCUUGGAGGCGGCUCCCACAGCCCCCGAGCGUGGGAGGCCAAGGGACUCUGAGAAUUUGCUUCCAAAGCUCGCCAGCCUUUUAGCCAGCCAUCUUGAGUGCUCUCCCGCUGACUUUGAACGGUCCACGAACCUGGCAGAUCGCGGGCUUGAUUCUCUGCUCUGCAUCGAACUCAUGAGCGACAUUGAAAAAACAUUCGGUGUGUCAGUCGACCUGGCACAGCUCACAUCCGAGAGCACCUUUGGAGACCUCGCCGGCAUGUUCGUCAAGGCCACUGGCCGUGAUGUGUCCCCAUCAGAUACAACAAACUCAACCAUCACCACAACACCGACACCACCAACACCUAGCUUUGAGCCAAGAAUCAUUCCCCAUGAUCCCUCAGUCAAAAUCCCACCACGCCCAGUUCCCACAAACACAGACCGCAGGUUUCAGGCCGCUCCCGAUGCGUUUGAAUCCAUCAAGGACCAGUUCAGUGACCUCGCCGACGCAUACCAUCUGACCGACUUUUACAAAAACGUCUACCCCAAGAACGCACGUCUCGUCCUUGCUUACACAGUCGAAGCAUUCGCGGAUCUUGGUAUUGAUCUCAGCAGUUUGCCCACUGGUGAGGACAUUCCACCCCUGCCCAGCCUUCCCAGACAUCACCACCUGCGAGAUGUCCUUUAUGAAGUCCUACGGGACGGAAAAAUCGCGGAUUACAACGGCAAGACCUACGUCCGCUCCGACGAGCCCAUCGACAAAGUCCGCUCAAGCCAGCUGUUCAACGAACUUGUCCAGGAGUUUCCUCAACACGCCAAGGAGCACAUGCUGCUGAACCUCUGCGGCGCAGAGUUGGGGAAGCUGAUUACCGGAGCCAAAGAGCCACUCACUGUUCUUUUCGGAUCCAAGAAGAACCGCGAUAUCCUGGAGGACGUCUACAGUACCAGUCCCAUGUACGUCAUCAUGUCACAGCUGCUCACGCGCUUUCUUGAAAAGGCUCUGAGCGGCGCCUCACCCGGCCCAGAUGGUGUAUUCCGAAUCAUUGAGCUCGGCGCUGGAACAGGAUCAACCACCAAAUGGGUUGUCGACCGGCUUGUGCGGUGUGGCAUCCCAGUCGAGUACACUUUCACCGAUAUCUCGCCCUCGCUCGUCUCUGAAGGGAAGCGCAAGUUUGGAAAGUACAACUGCAUGAGAUACGCCACCAUCAACAUCGAAAAGGAGCCCCCAACUCAGUACCACGGCCAGUUCGACAUUGUCCUCUCCACCAACUGCAUCCACGCCACCUCCAACCUGCGCCGCUCUCUCACCCACAUCGACAAGCUUCUCCGACCCCACGGCUUCGUCUCGCUUGUCGAGUUCACAAGCCGCAUGUUCUGGUUCGACCUGGUGUUUGGCCUCCUCGAAGGCUGGUGGCUCUUCGACGACGGCAGACCCUAUGUCCUCGCCAGCCCCGAGUUCUGGGAAAAGUCCAUGCGCUCAAGCGGCUUCCAACACGUUUCCUGGACAGGCGGCACAACCAAAGAGUCCGAGAUCGUCCGCGUCAUCACCGGCUUCAAGCAACCAGUCGACAACCCCGCCCUCUACCGCAGCACGCCACAAGAAACCACCGGCGAAGUCGAAACCCUCGUCUUCACCCACGUGACAGACAAGAACCUCCCCCUCCGCGCAGACAUCUACCACCCAACCCCACAACAAGCCGCCGCCCAAAAAGACUGGACUGUAGCCCUGAUAAUCCACGGCGGCGGCCACGUAAUGCUCUCCCGUAAAGACAUCCGGCCCCGUCAAAUCCACCACCUUCUCUCCCACGGCCUUCUCCCAAUCUCAGUCGACUACCGCCUCUGCCCCGAAACAACCCUCCUCACCGGCCCCCUCCCCGACAUCCUCACCGCCCACACCUGGGCCCGUACCUCCCUCCCCACCCUCAAACUCCUCAAAUCCUCCAUAACCAUCAACCCAAUCCACACAGCAGCAAUAGGCUACUCAACCGGCGGCCUCCUAGCCAUGUCCCUGUCCUGGACCUCCCCCCACCCCCCCUCCGCAAUCCUCUCAUUCUACUCCCCAACAAACUACCAAUCCCCCUUCUGGCAAACCCCCAACAUCCCCUCCCACUCCCAUCCAUACACCACCACCCCCUUCAACCUCCUCGACUGCGUCCAACCAAACCCAAUAACCUCCUACAACAUCCCACCCAAUCUCCUAGCAGCAGGAGGGUGGAUGACCCCCUCCGACGCGCGCAGCCGUCUAAUUCUUCACAUGAACUGGCAUGCCCAAACCCUGCCCGUCUUAUUCCGCGGUCUACCCCCCGCCGGAACCCCCCACCCAGAGAGCUACACCUCCAUGCCGCAGCCAGCAGAAGAGGAAAUAAUCAAAGCGAGCCCCUACGCGCAGGUUAUAAGGGGUAACUACAAGUCCCCUACGCAUAUCGUUUUCGGGACAAAGGACGAUCUGAUACCCUGGCAGCAGGCCGAGGAGACGGUCAAGGCAAUGAGGGAGCACGGGGUCGAUGUGGGCUUCACGCUGGGGGAGGGGGAGCCGCACUUGUUUGACAUGUACAGAGACCCGGAUGGCAAGAGGUGGGGGUACGUGCUGGAGGGGUACAGGUUUCUGUUAGAACGGGUUGGGAGGUUGUGA